UACUCUAGUGCCAUCUGGAGGGAACUUAAUAUAAAAAUAUUUUUUUGUCCAGUUACAUGUAGGUGGUGGUGCUAUUGCAAUUGAUAGUAACUUAAGUACUCUGUUGUAUCAAAAAUCUGUACGAAGUGUUUGAGUGGUGAAGUGCGUGUUUUUGGAAGACCCUUUGCUUUCUUAAAUUACAUAAAAUCUUUAAUACGCCUUUAGAUUUAGAAGUGUUUUUGAGGAUUAAACUUCGUUUCAUGUUUAUUGCACUUGCCCAGUCAUGGGAAAUAAGUCCUCAUUAAUGCUACAGGAAGAAGAAAUAGCAGAAAUUCAAGAUGAAACUGGAUUUUCCCCAAGUCAGAUUGAAAGGCUGUAUAGCCGCUUCACAAGCCUGGACAAAGGAGAUAAUGGAACUCUUAGUCGAGAAGAUUUCCUCAGAAUCCCAGAACUAGCAAUUAAUCCUCUGGGUGAUCGAAUAGUACAUGCAUUUUUUACUGAUGCACAUGAUGAUCGCAUCAAUUUCAGACAGUUUAUGCAUGUGCUGUCUCGAUUUAGGCCACUCAAGAAAAAUAGGGAGAACAAGUUUAACAGUCGUGAAGAAAAGUUAAGAUUUGCUUUCCGUAUGUAUGACUUAGAUGACGAUAACAAGAUUUCUAGAGAUGAACUCCUUGCUGUUCUGCACAUGAUGGUGGGAGCCAAUAUAUCUGAAGAACAACUGGCAAGCAUUGCUGAUCGGACUAUCAUGGAGGCAGACACAGAUGGAGACCAAAUGAUUUCCUUUGAAGAAUUCUGUGCUACUUUGGAAAGAACUGAUGUUGAAGAGAAAAUGAGCAUUCGGUUUUUACAUUGAAAACUUUCUGUUUGUCAUGAAAAGUCUUUAUAUUCAAUGCAGGCAUGAAUUGUGCUUGCUAUUUAAUUUACAAAUUUUCUAACCAUGUUAUUCAUAAAUAUCAACCUUCAUGAAAAACU